ACUUCGCGCCUAGGACUUUGGUGACGUCAUGUUCCUGCGCCGCGUGGACGCCCGCCGGUGAAAGAAGGAAUAGCCUUGCCGCCCUUUGCCUCCUUUUGUUGGGCUGCUGCUCCUUCCGAAUCAUGGCGCCAUCGCUGUGGAAAGGGCUUGUAGGUGUCGGCCUCUUUGCCCUAGCCCACGCUGCCUUUUCAGCUGCUCAGCAUCGUUCUUAUAUGCGACUAACAGAAAAGGAAGAUGAAUCACUACCAAUAGAUAUAGUUCUUCAGACACUUCUGGCCUUUGCAGUUACCUGUUAUGGCAUAGUUCAUAUCGCAGGGGAGUUCAAAGACAUGGAUGCCACUUCAGAAUUAAAGAAUAAGACAUUUGAUACCUUAAGGAACCAUCCAUCUUUUUAUGUGUUUAAUCAUCGUGGCCGAGUGCUGUUCCGGCCUUCGGAUGCACCAAGUUCUUCAAACCUAGAUGCAUUGUCCUCUAACACGUCAUUGAAGUUACGAAAGCUUGACUCACUGCGCCGUUAAGCUUUUUACAAAUUCAAUAAUAGGACAGACAGAGUUGAGUAUUGGAGUUUGGGGUGUAAAACACUCCCCCCAACAUCAGUAUUUAUAUUGCUAUUUCGGAGCUAAUUAAAAUAAUCUAUGGCCCUUAUUUGUACAUUGUUGAAAUCAAAUGGUGUAUAAGUUAUCUGUGAAAUGAAUCUUCGAAGUUUCGUAUAGAGGUUUUUGUUCAUUUGAAACAAUUCCCAUGUUUUGUAAAAGUCACUGUUUCGAACACAUUUCCCAGAAAAAUAUUGGGGUUUUUGUGAUUAUUUAUUUUCAUAGAUUUCUUUUCUUUUGCACUACAGAUUUUAGGAAUCCUGAAAAUACCAUGUAACACCUGCAUUUUGCAGCACAAGAGUCAAAUGGUCUUCAGUUCUUAUUAGACCAACUUCUUGAAGAAGACCAAGAUGGUGACUUUGCAGGUUUUUUUAGGUCCCAUAAAGAGUGACUCUGCUUUUACAGAUACUUGCCAAUUUUUAUUUUAUCAAUGGUUUCUCUCCAGACCCCACUCCCAGAUUCCUUCUAACAUCACUGUCUUGUUUCAUCACUUCUGAGAUUCUGUGUGCAGUGAGCAAAUUUUGUGUCAGAAAUUCUGUCAUACGUAUUUAACAAGCCCAUCUUGCUGUAAAAUUACUCAUGUUGUUUUGUUGUAAACUCUUCACUGAUUAUAUAGUGUAAGACUAGUUGAAAGUAGACCAAAAGGAGAAUUUGUGACUUCAUUAUCUUGCCUAUGUAAAAUAGUAUUGAUUGUGGAAAACUGAUUGUCAUUAGCCAGUUUCACUAAUUCAAAGUCUUUUGGCUUAUUUAUUUCAUACUAAAUUGGUGAAUUAGUGAAAAUAAAGGAAAUGUCUCAUUUAAUCUAAAGGCACACACAAAGAAAUUGGGCCAAAUAUGUUCUAAUUAUUUGGAGCUAGUCUAUUUCAAUUCUCUUAGAAAAUUGAGGUCAUUUAAGAAGUUGCUUUGUAGCUUCUGAUUGAGGGCUGGCUUGGAGUCUCCAUCUUCACUGCCAUGCUGAAGGUGAGCAGAAGGACACAGCAUUGAAUGUUUUUCAGAAACAGUAAUUUUACUUUUAGGAAAAUUGGAGUUGCUUUUUUAGCUAGGAAACUAAGAGACUCCACAUUACUUUGCAGAGAUUAUAGCUUUCCACAAGCAUCAACACAUUAAUUUUGUUAAAUUAUAUAGGCAUAAAGGGAAUAACUACAGAUUUUGAAAGGAAACCCACCUGAAGCUUGUUUGUUUGUUUGUUUGUUUGUUUGCUUGCUUGCUUGUUUGUUUGUUUGUUUCAGGCAGGGUCUUGAGAUCCAGAUGUUCUUACACUUGGAGGCAUUUUUUUCAUUAAGAAAGAACCUCACUCAGCCUUUCUACCCAAUGAUGCACAGCCUCAGAGGACAAGAUUGUGUUGUUGUUGGUUUGUUUUUGUAGUUUUUGUUUUUUUGUGUGUACAGAAGAUUUCACAUAACCUGAGCUAGCCUCAACCUCACUAUGUAGCCAAGGAUGAUCCUUAUGCCUCCACCUCCUCAGUGCUAAGAUUAUAAUAGGUGCUGCACUACACCUGGUUUUCUGGGUCCUGGGGAUUGACCUUAUGCAUGCUAAGCAAGCACUAUACAAACUGAGCUACAUCCCUGCUCCUUGGCAUUGGAUUGUGAUUCUUUUGUUUUGCUAAGUCUAUGUAGCACUGACUCUGUUCUCUAAUGAGAACAACUAAGAAAUCUACUUAUCGCCUACAAUAAUUUAGAAACAGUCUAAAAAUGUGAAGUCAAGCCAGGCGUGGUGGCAUGUGCAUGUAAUCCUAACACUUAGGGGGCUGAAGCAGGAUCACAAGUUUGGGGCAAAUAUGGGCUAUCUUAGUGAAUCCCUGUCUUAACCCCAACCCCUCCCCCCCCAAAAAAAAAGUCAAUCCAAGGACUAACGUGAUGCUAGUGAAAUCAAAAUGGCAUGCCAGAAGCAUGCUGUACCAUCAGGCCUUUCUGCCAUUCUCCUUGACUCUUACUUGAUUGAAGAGCCUCGUUUUCUUCUCUUUGGAGACUGUCUUCCCUUAAUGUGUUUUCAUAACAAUGUUCCUGAGAAUCUACACGCUUUGUAAUUUCAUCCUUUUAAAGGGCAUAGUUUCAGAUAUGGCCCACAGCUGUAAUCCUAACACUCAGGAAGCCAAGGCAGGAAAGUUGUCACAAAUUCAAGGCCAGAUUGAAACAACACAUUGAAACCUUAUCCUUAAAGAAGUUAUAGAAACUUAAAAGAGUGCGAUUAAGUAACUUUUAAUAUACUCACAAAAUUGUGCGACUACAUGAUAAAUCUAGGCCAUUUUACUAUUCCUAAAGAAGCCAUGUAUUUUUUAGUAGUCACCUCUGAUUUCUUCCUAGUGUAUCCCACCUAGGUCCUAGGGACCAAUAGUCUAUAUAUGUAUAACCUGAUCAUUUACUAAAAUUUAAUUAAUGCAAUAUUUAGUCUUUGUGAUAAGUUUCCUAUGUGGAGUGAACACUCAUCUUGAGAACCCAGAACCAAAUACAGUGAGAGGAAGUGUUUGAGGUGCUGGGGUUGUAAAUCUGGUAGAAUGCUUGUCUAGCAUGUACAAGGCCUUAGGUUUAUCCACAGUAUCACAGGAAAAAAUAGUUGAUAAAUUAAUGGAUUUAAAGAGAGAAAGCCAAUUCCUGACAGACUCCUCAGUUAACCUUGUUACAUAGAAUAGUUUUCCUUCUAGCCAAACAUCCAUACUACUGCUUCUAACAUUUACUGAGUUUCUACAAUACAUAUUACAAUCUAUUCUUGCCUACCCAGCCAAGAAAAUACUGCUAAAUAUAAUGCUAAAAUUUUUGGCAAAUAAUUGACAUAGCAAAUCUUAGAUGUGUCCACCUUUGCGGACAGCUUGUAUACCUCAGACCAGGUAAACAUCCCAAAAUUUUUUUUAAAUCAACUUCAUUGAAUUUCUGCUAUCUUCUUGAACUACGGUACUAUAAAAUAAAUAAGAUUUGGGUGCAUUGUAAUAGUGCUAAGUGUGUUCAGUUCAGAGUUUUAUUUACAAUACUGUGCGAGAGUCCAUUACUACCUAGGGUAGUUCAAAAACAGUGAUGUGAGCUAGUGCUAGGUAAGCCUAUACUGACUUGCUUUCAGUGACAUUAAAACGUUCUCCAGAAUGCAGGAACACACUUCAUAACCAGGGAACUAGCCAAAUCCUAUGGGCUAAUAGCUCAGCUCCAGGGAGUAAAGAGUGUGAAUUGGUGACAAGUAUGCACAGUGACUCCCUAAUGAUUGCUUCCCAAGCACUUGUGGCAUACUUUUGAGUGACAUGACAGCAUCUUCCUGGCUGUACGUGACCUGUUUCCACGAUGUAUCGAAUACUGUUUGUGAGCCUUGAUGCCUGUAACACCAAUAAACCCAUUUUUGGAUAUGUUUCCUCUCUUUAAAUGACCUUGCCCUGUCCAAUAAAUAAGUGAUUGUCUCACCUU